AUGUCCCAAAAACCGUUAACAAUUUUAAAUCCGCACCAUCGAAGCCCAACUGUCACCUGUCAAACGCUGUAUGACAGCUGAUCCGCGAACGGACCUGCCGCCACAUCAAAGUCCAUCAAAACAUCGCAACAUAUCGAUGCUUUCCAUCACGUUCACCGUCACCGCCUGCCCGCAAGUGUUUGAAUCAUCUACGGAAAGCACAGUGUAGAAUGGUUUUCAUCGAGACGUAGCUGGCCCCCGGGGGAAUCAAAGGAUGGAGUUCAAGUACGCCAGCUGGAUAGCGCUCAGCGUCGCUGUGUCGAUCAAUCUGUUCGGAGUGUUCUGGGUCACGACGAUGGUUAUCGGUUUGGUGCUAUUCUUGCUCGGGUUUCUGACCAUACUGUACUUACAGCACAGCGAUCUGGACAAAUUCCUCGACAGUGGGCUGCUGGAGAAUCCACUGGACGAACCUAAAUCGUUGGGACUAAGCAUCGUUUGUGACCCUAAGCCCGGUAAUUUGCUGCUCAUUUCGCCCAACAUCAAAGUGCAAACCGAAUCGAACCGUAAUGCGAAAGCGCACAACCAGCACCAUCCGCCGGGGGCGGGCGAUUCGUCCGCGACCGGGGGCGCCGGCAAUCGCCGGCGCAACUUUCUCGAUGCCGGAAUCGAGCUGCUGUUCAAGAAGCGCGAACCGCGCACCGGCGCCAGCGAACCACCGGCCAAGUCAAACACAAUCACGGACCACCUUAUGCACCGUGGCCACCAUUUGCACUUCCACCAACGGGACCAUCAUACCAUUCUAGAUAACAGUCCGGAAGGUGGGCCGGCUCAUCCGAUGGCGACGCAGCCCCCACCCAAUCGGCCAUCGCCCGGGGAGGAACGUACCCGCUGGAGACCGUUCGAGAGCAUUAAAAUACACACGGACAAGCGGGCAGCUGGAGCGGACCACGAACCGGACAAGCAUCGGAGUAAAAAAGAUGUAGGUAAUGUUUCCAUCGGAGAAGAGGUAUCGGUAGCGUCCACGCCACUGUCCUCGUUUAAAUCGUACCUCACGCACCCUACGGACAUUCUGCUGCACCACCAGCACCGGCAAGACACACCGCCCGGUUCGCCGAGGAAGAAAAAGAUCCUCAGCGGUAACAAACCGAUCGACAAGCUGAUCCACACGAUCCUCGACUACGUGGUGCGUGAUUUCAUCGAUUCCUGGUACACCGUCGUGUCGGACAAUCGGGAUUUUUCCGAGUGCAGCAUACGCACCAGCAUCGAAACGCUCAUCCUGCAAAUCUGCCAACGCGUCCGGUCCGUCGAUCUGCUUCCCCUGAUGACGACCCGCCUGAUCGACGAUCUAGCGAAGCACACGCGCUUCUAUCGACUAGCCACCCAGGAGGUGGCGACCGGUGCCAACAGCAAAAAAUCCUCCACCGGCACGGACCCGAAACGCUCGAAGCUUCACGAGAAGCUGUCUCCCCAGCGGCGCAACCUCAAGGUGGAAGGGCACCGGCGAAACAAGAGCGAAACGGAUCUUACCUGGCAGCUGGGCAACGCGGCCCUGCAGAAGAAUGUGGCCAACUCCCGGUUCUACAGCGUACCGGCCGACGAGCAGUCGUCGGUCGAUCCGGAAACGAUGCUCCUACACUCGUUCUUUGGCUUCUGCGAAGAGUACCGCAGUGAGUGUAUGGAUCCGGAGGCGCUCAACGAGUACCUCAGGCAGGUGUCCGAAACGGUACUGUACUUCGUGCUGCCGGAGGAGGACUUUAACUGCCUAACGUUGCGCACCUUGCUGUGCAAUCUGCUCGCGAACAGUUUGCUGAAGCCCAUGCUGAACACGCUCGCCGAUCCGGACUUUAUCAAUCUGCAGAUUGCGAAACAAUUCACCAAGGAUCCGCCGGCGGGCGAGUUUCUGCUGAAGAUGAUCCGCCAGUCGACGGAUCUGUCGGAGCUGCGGGCCUGCCGGCAGCUGAUUACCAAAGAGAUGGACGCAAAGUACAAGGACAGCAGCUGUAGUGCCGAGCUGGCCAGUCUCAAGUACACGCAGAAGCUGAUCGAUCUGCGAAUUAGCCAUCUGCAGAACAACAAGAAUGACUUUGGCAAGACGGAACGGGAUAAGGCGUCGACGAAUUUACCACAGCUCAGCCUGGACGACAUACUGCGGAAGGAGCUGGCCGUGUUCUACUAUCUGGACUAUCUUAGUGUAUUAAAUCUGCAAAAGUAUGUGAUAUUUUAUCUCACCGCUCAAGAAUGGAAAAUUAGCACCAGCCAAUGCUUCUCCGAGAUGCAGGUAAACAAGUCGAAGCUGAGCCGGGAGGAGCUGCUGCGAAGCAUCCGGGAGAAGGCGAGCACACUGUAUCAAGAGUAUCUGCAACCCUCCUCGCCGAACUACCUAAACAUCGACCCGGGGCUGAUCGAGGCGCUCAACUUCCGGCUGAACGAUCCGUCCAUCCAGCCGGAAAACACGUGGUUCGAUUCGAUCUGCAAGUACAUCUACGAGAAGCAGAAAAACGAGGAAGUGUUCCUGAACAACUUCUACCAGAGUGUGGCCUACAAGCAGCUGCUGCGCGAGCUGGACUUUCACAGCGCGCACGAUCCGGACCUGCCGUCGCUCGAGCAUUUGACCGUGUUCGGUGGGCUGGGGCUGCAGGGUGAUAGCGCAAGCGACACGAACAGCGGCGACAUUCGGUUCGACGAGACGGAUGAUGAUGAGGACGCAGCGAGCCUGACCGCGCCCACCCUUCACGGGCCACCGAUUACGGUGGACAUUAGGGAGGAGCACGAUGUGAGGGCUGGCCUGCCGGUGCUGAAGAAACCGUCCCCUUCCAGCCUGUUUCCCACGACCGUCAGUACGAUCAAGCAUGCCCGUUCGCACAGCGACUGUACCGGGAUGUUUGCGGCCAUUAACGAUCUCAACAUCGAGCAGCUCCGCCAAUCGUCCGACUGUUCGAGCAACGAUUCGGGGAACGAGGCGCCAACCGCCGUGUUGCCCACGAGCAGGCGCAUUCCCGCACCACAGCUACAUGCGGAUGAAGCGAGCUUUCAGGGCCAUACGGGACAUCACCAACACCACCACCACCAGCAGUAUAAACACAAACUGUCCGCUCGGAUCAUUAACACGGCGAUCCACUGCGAGGGCCACUACGCGGUGUACGCCAUCCAGGUGCACGUGAUCGAGGACAAUCACCACAAGAGCUGGCACAUCUAUCGGCGCUACUCGAAGUUCCUGGAGCUGAAGAAGCUGCUCGUGAAGCGCUUCCCGGCCCUUGAGCGGGUCCCAUUUCCCGCGAAGAAAACGUUCCAAAACACGCAGCGGGCCGUGCUGGAACAUCGGAUGGAGAUACUGAACCGCUUUCUGGCGGAGGUGUGCGCGAAAGCGGAACUGUCCGAGGAGAUGAUGGCGAUCAUCCGGAACUUUCUCGAGCCGGACACGGACGAUCGCAAGAUGCACGGUGGACCGGUGGUGAAGACGAUCGAAAGUCUCAAGUCGGGCAUGAGCAAGAUCCGCAACAUGCCGGACACGCUCGUCGGUGGCAUUUCGCGGAUGUUUGUGAGCAAGAGCUCGCUGAAGGAGCGCAGCUUCUACGACAUCCAGGACAUUCCGACGCUCGAGCUAAAGCAGUCCGAGUAUCCGGCGCUGGCCUCGGCACUUAACCUGCUGGACGAAGUGUUUGAUCUGCAGAACAAAUCGCAGUGGUUGCGCCGCGGGCUGAUUAACCGGUUGCUCGGUGCGCCCUGGGUUAGUCAUGCGACCAACAAGCGCAUCAUCCAAACGGCCAGCAGUCUGCUUGCGCCGGACAAGCUUGAGGCGGUUCUAUCCUCAAUAUUGAACAACGUUUGGCCGGAAGGCGAUCGGUUCAAUCCAACCACACCGCUGCGCGAAGACAGUACCCGGCUGCGCACGAAACUGGCGGCCAAAAUUUCCCUCUUCGCGCUGCUUUCCGACGAUCUGAAGCAUGUGGUCGGGUCGGUGACGUGCAACAGCGGUCUGCUGAGCUUCUUCCAGAUGCUGCAGAACCGGAAGCUAAACACCCGGCUGCUGCUGAUCCUGUUCAACCGGCUGCUGGUGGUGAUCCUGCAGACGGAAAACAUAACCAAGCACGCUCUACUAUCCGGCGGGCCCGGCGGCACGAACGCAGGUGAACGGACGAACGGGGCGGACGAUACGGCAACGGCGACGAUACGCAUCGGCACACCGGCACUGGUGUGCUCCGGGUCGCGUAAAGCUUCCAGAUACUCGUAGAAAAAGAAAAGAAAAAGUAGUUAACGGGGACAAACCCCCCCCCCCCCCCCCCCCAGGGAAGACCCCCAACCAUUCCGACAGUAUGUGCAUGCAGCGAAGAAACGAAGCGGUAUUAAACUACAGAGAUGCUCCACAGAGCGUUAUUGGCCAUUCCAGCAAUUUUUUUUGUUUUAAUUCGUUAAUGGUUUUGCGUAUUGGCUUUUUACAAGUGUAGCUUUUACCCUAUUGUCCAUUCGAGCAAGGUUUUAUGUUUUUAGCUUUAACAGAAAGAGAGAGACACACACACACGCGCGCGCAUAUCGUCAAGGUGCUUAAAUUUUGCGUGUGUUGGCCAUUUUUACUUUGUAAUACAUAAGUUGCUUCUUUUCCUGCGCUUAAUCGUAUGUUGCCGAUGGGUCUGUCUGUCUGUCCGAGUGUGUGUGUGUGUCUGAGGCUGUCUUCAUUACACUUAGUGGAUUAUUAUUGUUGUGUAGUAAAAACAAGAGAGAAAUAAACAGAAUCAGAAACAAAAAACCAA